GCCUCCCAUCUGCUGUUUAAUCUAUGCUUCUGUGCACGUGAUCCAAGCAUCUCAGCUCAUCUAUCUAUGUCCGGAGAAAAAUUGGAGACUUUUUUGAGCCAGCUGCAAAAUGGGGAUCCGGCUGUUGUAGUGGAAACCAUUGUGUCAGCAACCGAAUCUCCAGGUGUAUUCGUUUUCGGCGAGUUUCUGGAUCAUCCGGCUGUGCAACAGUUGGCCAACAGCCCUAAUGCUGCCUAUUUAGACUUGCUCAAUCUUUUCUGCUACGGAUCCUAUCGCUCGUACAUUAGUCAACCGAAACUCUACCCUCCACUUAGCGCGCUUCAAAUUCGAAAAUUGAAACAAUUGGCCAUCAUAGACGAAGCACACAACCGUAGAUUCAUUCCUUACGACUUUUUGUUUGAAAAACUGGAGUUGUCUUCGUCACGAGAAUUAGAGGAUCUUGUUAUUGACCUGUUCUACUUAGAAGCACUCUCCGGUAAGCUGGAUCAGCAGCGUGCGCUGCUGGAAGUCGAUUCGGCGAUAGGCAGAGAUGUGCGGCUGGAGGAAAUUGGAGAUUUCGGCAAUACCUUAUGCAUGUGGUUGAACAGGGUCGAAUCAAUGUUGUCACACAUCGCGAAGAAUAUCAAAUUUGCCACGGAUAGUCGCUUGGAAUCUGAACUUCAUCAGAAAAAGGUCCAGGAAGCCGCUGCAGCAGUCAAAGAAACCUUAAGGAGUCAGCUUGGUAAACCCGAGAUGGACGGUCCACGGAUGGAUCUGGAUGAUCGACUAGUGCAUCCGGACCUACUAGACGGUCGGUCUGGUUCAACACGCUUAGCUUCCUCCUCAGUUGAAACUCCCGGUGGAGACAAAGACGGUCGUAGUCGGAUGGCAGUGUUCAAGGGUCUACGAAAAGGGAACCGAUGAAAUUGCGAUCACCCCAUGUUGCGCGCCGUUACCCUCUACGGCGUACUUCGUUGUUUUUUCUACCGACUAUUUUGUUCCAACUAAUGGCACUACUUUGGCGGGCAUUCAAACACAUUGUACAUUUUGGCCCAACCGAUUCACAACCACCGAAAUACAUUAUAUACAAGCAAAUCCUCUGAUAAAUCACAUUAGAGCUGACAGGUGUCAUGGGUAGACUACAGCCACAGACAUCACAUGAAAAGGAUUUGGUGUGAAAGGCCG